AUGGUAUCAAUCAAAGCAGUUGCAGUCGCUUAUGUGGCGGCCAACCUCUUGGGAGUUGACGCAGGUCUAUGCCGACCGUCAACUAGAACUUCUUUAACCUCAUCUGAGUCGGAAACCCAGACGGUGAUCCCUAUCGUUUCGACAUCCACCUUGGAUACUAGCAUCAUUCCAUCUGACACAACAAGAUCAAAAGAUCGCACAUCGUCAGUUUUCGGAACACCUAGCAAUUCUGAGACUGCUGAAAACCCGACUUCCUCUACAAGCGGAACUCUCAGCUAUCUUACGUCGUCAGGAAUUCCAACAACAUCAGAUGAUGCAAUUGCAACAUCAUCAGUAACAGCAACCUCUGUCAAUCCUACGGCAUCUGAUGAUUCCACUACUUCUGGUGAUCCUACUACAUCUAGCGAGGAGACGUCUACCGAUGUUACAUCUAAUGAGGCGACGUCUACUGAUGUCACGACUUCUGAUACUUUCACGCUAUCAGUCCACCCCACUACAUCAAAAAUUCCUGCAGCAUCUUCUGAAACCAUGACUUCCAUUGACACCAGCUCGCCUAUGGAAUCCUCAACAACUAUCGAUACCACCGCGACUACGGAUGCUACAACAACCGCUGAAACAACGACAACUGCCGAUGUCACAACUUCAACUGACCCUACAACUACAACUUCAACCUGCGUUGAGCCUACUAAUUUGCUUAGACAACCCGGAUUUGAGCCUUCAAAUGAUGGGGGUGUUUGGGGCUUCUAUUGGGGCGGCGGCCGCAUCACUGUUGACUCUGAAAUAGCUCGCACAGGUGAUGGUCUAGCUGAUCUCCCUGUUCCCGGUGGACAAGAACGACGCAUGGAGCAGCGAAUACAUAUAGUGCCAGGCACAGAAUAUGCUAUCCGCUUCUACUAUGCUCUCGCAUCUGCACCACCUGCCAAUACACAGUGUUUCGUGUUUGCUACAUUCGAUUAUUAUACGACUUUGACCCAAGUACCACUUCCAUCUGAUACGGAAUAUCACUUGUACUCGGCGAGCUUCAUUUCGGCAGACAACCUGGACCCGGCUAUUGAAAUCGGUGUCUCCUGUACCCAGCAAAACAACGGCUAUACAGCUGAAGUCUUUAUUGAUGAUGCAUCGGUUCUGGAUAUCACCAAUGCAUGUGAUGCUACUCCUGUCGACCCCAACGCCCCCGCCAAGCCCACGCUUCUCAUCCCUGCCCAACCAGAGCAACCUCAUUGCCCUGUAAAUGCCGCCCAAGUCCCAGGUUUUGAGCCCGUAAACGGUAACCAAGGAUGGGAGUUCUAUAACAGAGGAGAAUUCGUCAAUGAUCCAUCCAAUGCCCGAACCGGCGAGUGGGAGGCCGGAACUAUGACUUCUCAAUUGAACGAUGGCACCUACCUCGAACAAUAUUUCAGUGCAGGAGAUCUUACACCAGGUGAAACCUACGAUUAUCAUUUCUUCUGGAAGCCAAAUACCCUCCCAGAUAACGGAAAGUGUUAUAUCUACGGCGGUUACAGUGAUGCCAUCAGGUAUCCAAAUGCCGAAGUCAAAGCUGGAGCAACUUCUUCGACAGGUUAUACCAUCUACUCAGUUCGCUUCGAGAUGCCAGCAAGCGACAAUUUCUUUCUCCAAAUCGUUUUCUACUGCGAUUACAACAACGGUAAUCAACAACUGGGAUCUGUUUACGUCGAUGAUACUGCACUGAUUCAAGUUGGGGGCUGUGAGGCAUUCCCUGUGACGGGUGCACGUAUCGAGAACCCUAGCUUCGAGGUCAGAUCGACUGAAGACAGUACUUAUGCUUGGUUUGGCAACAACGGCAUGGUUAUCCAAGCUGGAAGUACAGUUGAUGGCCCCUCUCCAAACUCAGGCAACAAUUAUUUAUAUGUUCAGCUUGGAUCUACUAAGAAAUCAGCUACACUCACCAAGCCACUAGCCGUUUCUCUAGAUGCAGGCCAGUAUUACACCCUCCGGUUCAGUUGGUCGGCUGGGGCGGCAUAUGUACCCGCGGAUUGCUCGUUCACGAUCGCAUUUGGUUCCUCUACCGAAACCCGCCCACUCAACGACCAGAUUACUUCGUACAACUACGAACUGUUCGAUUACACGUUCAUGCCAGCUGAAGAGGUUACGUCCAUGUCGGUCACUGUCUCUUGCUUGACGGCUUCUCCUGACUUUGUUUUUGAUGACUUUUCUCUUCAGUAA